CUAACUGCGCCACACACUAGUUUACCCUCGCAACGGAAACGUAACCAAAAACUCUCACCUCUCUGUAUAAAGGCGCGAAAACGAGAAAACGAUUAUCUCUAUCGCCGAUCACUGCCACCACCGCAACAAGUUCACACUCUAACGUACAUUACUACAUUCUCUGCUCAGCAUUCAUACAUAGGAAAAUGAGGCCAGUUUGGGCUAUGAAAGCUAUAAUCGUCAUCGUAGUCACUUCGAUUCUCUUCCGUGGCGUUUGUGGUGCUAACCGCACCGUCGGCGGAGCUUCCGGCUGGGAUCUCAAUUCCAAUAUGCACGACUGGUCUUCAACAACUACCUUCAAUGUCGGCGAUGAUCUCGUGUUUUCUUACACGCCGUUACACGAUGUGGUGGAAGUGAACCAACAAGGUUACGACACGUGUACGGUAGCAAACGCAAUAGCCACGUACAACACCGGAGAAACAGUGAUCCAUCUCACCUCAGAAGGAACCCGUUACUUCGUCUGUGGGAGAUUGGGCCAUUGCCAACAGGGCCUCAAACUCGAAGUUCGAAUUCCGAUCCAAUCCAAAAACAACGGAACCGAAGAUAAUCAAAACCAACCCGGCGGGGGUCGGAGAAGUCCAUCUCCACCUCGUUCUCCACCGCUUAAUCCGCCACCACCUCAUCGGUUUGCUCUUAGUCCUUCAGAUGCACCUCCUGAUGCACCUGCUGAAGAGCCUUGUGAUUGUUCCUCUGCAGGGGAGGGUCGUUUGGGUUGUGCCAUUGAUCAUCUUAGGUUUCUCCUUGUCUUCUUUGUUCUUUGCCCAUUUGCAUCUAUUGGAUUUUGCUAAUGGGUUCAACUAGCAACUAGCUAGCUCACACCAUUAGAUAUUCUAUUUUACACAUGUGAGUUUCUUGUAUUUCUUCAUUCAUAACACUCUAUAUUGUUCAGUACAUUUAGAUAUAGAUUGUGAUUUGGGUUUAGUCAAAUUUUCCAAAGUUAAUCAUGAUUUUGUGUUGCUAAUGUGAGAUUCUUUGCUAUCUUGGAUUGGUUAACAAAAAACUUGUUUAGUUCUCAGUAAACUCUGUACACUUAAUGUCAGAAUUUGUUUGUAAACUCUUUGCUUCUUGUUUGUUCAAUUACACUUCUUAUGUUAUAAGUUCAUUACUUUUUUUUUGGUGGUA